AUGAAAGAGUCUGAGGUGAUUGGGAAGAUCGAGGGGGUUUUUGGAAUUGAGGAUCCAGCCAUUCUUCCAGAGCGAGUGAAGAGUGUAAUCAAAGAAAUCCUGGAGGGAGGAGUGUUUCCUGUGGAGCAUCCCUUCUAUGUAGACUUCAUAAACCUUAGCUUUGAUGUUCUCUAUCCUGGGGCUCAAGAGCCUUCUGAGCUACUAAGAAGAUCGGGAUUUACUCAAGACCAACUUGAAAAAACAGGCCUCAAGAGGUUGUUUAGCGUGGCCUGUGCCGAGAGUCUGAAGGAUGAUAAGAAUCAAUCGGAGCUGGGAGAGGACUUGAAGCCAAAGAGAAGAAAGAAAGUCUCGUGGGGAGCAAAUCUGGUUCAGAUCAAGGAAAUAGAAAAGACGGUGAUGGAGACAGAUGGGAGUUACCCGACUUCGAGUUCCAGAAAUGGAGGAAGUGGCUUGGAAAGAAAUACCUUCAAGUGGAUCAUUCCUGAGAAGCUUGAUCAUGGAUACAGUGAGAUUAAGUCACCAGGACGCCUGGAACAGGAAAGGAGAGAGGCCAAUUCGAUAAGAAUGAGCAACACAGAAGAGCACAGAAGGUUUUCUCCCACGCAGUGCACAGAUGUGGGAGAAGACAACGAAACAAUAACGGUCCCUGUAAUAAACUUUGCAAAAAACAAAAUGCCUAACUUCGACUUUCGCAAAAUAGUCGAGGAUAGAUUCAGUAACAUGGCAAGGAUCCAUGAAAUUCUGGAAGAUCCAAGUGUUGUGGAUAUCCUUCUUGGAAAGGAGGAGUAG